GUUACCUUUAAGCUUCUUUAGUUCUACUUCACCAAACACGUUAGACACAAGACCCAUCCCUUUGUGUGAGUAGAAUUCAUUACCACAGUUUGUUACGAUGCCAGCACUUUCUUGCCCUCUACAAAUAAAGCAGAAAAUUUUGUUUCAAAUUCCAAGUACUUAGACCUAACUUGAAGGUCAUCUGAUUGGUUGAUCAUUGGCAUAAAUCUUCAUCUGUGUUAUGCACGAGGAUCGAAGAUAGAAGUUCAGAAGUCUUUAGACGAAUUCUUAAGUAUUUCUUACUUUAUUCCUCUCUCUUUGCGGAUUUGCUCGAGUGUUCUGGUAAUCUAAACGUUCAAGAUGGCAUCUAACGAAGAAAAACCAGCGUACGAACUGAAGUUGGGUGAAAAAAUAAUCGAGGGUAAAACCAAGAUUGUUUAUGCACUACCAGAAUCCCCUGAUGGCAAUUAUGUGCUUCUCAAGUCCAAGGAUAAAAUCACUGCUUUUGAUGCAACCCGCAAGAAUGACAUGUCUGGUAAAGCAGUCUUAAGUACUGCAACAGCAAGUGCUAUAUUUGAGCUGCUUAAUAAAUGUGGUAUCAAGACACAUUUUAUUAGGCGUUCUGAUUCAGAUCCUGAGGCGUUUGUGGGUAUACGUUGUGAGAUGAUCCUUCUGGAAGUGGUCACUCGUAGAAUUGCGACAGGGUCUUUUCUGAAGAGGUAUUCUGGUGUGAAAGAAGGUUAUAGGUUUACGCCAGUGAAGCUGGAAAUGUUCUUGAAGGACGAUGCUCAGCACGAUCCUUUCUGGACUUAUGAACAAUGCGUUGAAGCAGGCUUUGUGUUUGGUGGAAGAACAAUUGGCAAGCGUGAGUUAGAUAUGAUGGGCGAGACAGCUAUUGCAGUCUUUGAAAUCAUCGAAAGAGCUUGGGCUACCUUAGACGUUGCAUUGGUAGAUAUGAAGAUAGAGUUUGGGGUGAAUGCCAAGACAGGAGAGAUCUUCCUUGCCGAUGUGAUUGACAAUGACUCAUGGCGCAUAUGGCCCAGUGGUGACAAGAGGCUCAUGCGAGAUAAACAGUUUUAUAGAAACUUGCCAGAAGUCACGCCCGAAGCCUUGGAACAAGUUAAGAAAAACUAUUCUUGGGUAGCAACAGAAAUUCAGAAGAUGACUACACACCAACCAGGACAUGUUGUCAUCUUCAUGGGUUCCCCAAGUGAUCUUGACCACUGUAAAAAGAUUGAAGCAGCUCUAAAGGUGUUCAACCUUUCCUGUGACCUUCGAAUCUGCUCAGCUCACAAAGGAACUGAAGAUGCACUCAAAGUACUAAAGGUGUACGAGGGACAAGGAGAACCACUAGUUAUCAUUGCCGUAGCUGGACGUAGUAAUGGUCUUGGUCCUGUGUUGUCUGGAAAUAGCUCAUUUCCAGUCAUUAAUUGCCCACCUGUAUCCAGCCAAUGGGGUGCUGAAGAUGUGUGGUCUUCCAUGCGACUGCCUUCUGGACUUGGCUGCACAACUGCACUGAAUCCAGAUGGAGCUGCUGCUGCAGCCGCACAGAUCCUAGGUCUCCAUGAUCAUAUUGUCUGGGGUAGCUUACGUGCAAAGAGGCUGAACAUGGCUAUCAGUCUCAGUGAUGCUGAUGCAAAUCUUAGAAAGAAAAAAUAAACUUGACAACAUAGUUAUGAUAACGAACCGUUCAAUUACAGCUGUAAAACAAGACAUUUGCUUCAAUGUUUUUGUAAGCCUUUUAGGACCAUUUAUUUGUAGUUAAACUGUUAAACCUUGCUGUGUAUAACAAUAUUCAUCUGUACAGACAUGUACAGUACUGGCAUCAUAAAAUAAGGUAAAAAUAAAGUUAAAAUAAAAA